AUGCUUUAGAUUUAUGGAUAACCUACAAACUGAGGUUCUAGAGAUAGAAUUCCUUUCCUACUCUAAUGGGAUGAACACCAUCAGUGAGGAAGACUUUGCCCAUAUUCUUUUGAGGUAUACAAAUGUGGAAAAUACAUCAAGUUACCUGGAAAACAUGCGCUGCAGGAUUCCUGAAGAAAAGGGUAUCACAUUUGAUGAGUUUAGAUCAUUUUUCCAGUUCUUGAACAACCUAGAAGACUUUGCAAUUGCAAUGCAGAUGUAUAAUUUUGCAAGUCGUUCCAUAGGUCAAGAUGAAUUCAAACGUGCUGUGUAUGUAGCCACAGGCGUGAAGCUUUCACCACAUUUAGUGAACACAGUGUUCAAGAUUUUUGAUGUGGACAGAGAUGACCAAUUGAGUUAUAAGGAAUUUAUCGGCAUUAUGAAAGACAGACUCAAUCGAGGGUUUAGGGGCUACAAGCCUAUACAGAGGUACACUACUUUCAAAUCCUGCGUGAGGAAGGAACUCUAUAGCAGAUAAAUGACGGAGACUCCAAAGUACGGUUGGAAUGAAUAUUACUCUUGUGUGAUGACUGUAACCAGUGAACACCUCAGAGAUCUGUGGAAGCAAUUUCGGAGACGAGAUAUGCUGAGAUAAAAGAACAAAGAAGGAAUAUCUGCACUGGUUAGAACUAUUUAUUCCUAUGAAUUUUUAGUGGAGAACAAACUAACCUGGGUGAAUCAUAGAUCUUCCACCUGCAGGACUUCUUUUCCACUUAAAG